AAUAAUAAGAGAGUGUAGAAGGUUCGUGACUGGCGGUCGAACGGUUGCUCGCUUCGGGGUGUCGUACGAACGCUUCUAAAUCGUCUUCGAAAUCGUUUGUGCACACUCGAGCCAGUCGAGAGAACGUUAAACGGUUCCGCACCUUUCUCAAGCCGCUUUGAUCGGCAUAUAGAGCUCGCCGGGACGGUUUCACGUACAGUUGUACUCCUCCAUUCUGAACGUACACACAUUCCCCGUCCGGGAUCAGCUUGCGUCAAAACGUGCACUGUUGUGCAACGUGCGUUCGAAAUCGAACAGUGCGAUUACGGCCUGCAGACAGGUUAUACUAGACUAAGCGGAAUGGAAAUAACAGAAAAGUGAUGCGAGAAGGUGCGCGUUACGAAAAUCAGUACACGACGAGACCUGCUCGAACGUGUCCGACCGUCGACGGGAGUGUUCGUUCGAUUCACGAAAGCUUGCCGAAGGGGAAACUUGGAUGAUUCGUUCUGAAGAAGAAAAGAGUAAAGGAGAGAGCCAACAGAGGCGGUGGAAUAUAGUGCGCGUAUUUACCGAGUGAAUCACGCGUUCUAUACGAUUACGAGACGUGGCGACUCUGCCUGCUUUGAGCCAUCUAUGUUUACGUCAACGUUUUCAAAUAUGUUCGUAAACAUUGAGGUGUGCGAAGAGCUCGAGCGACCCAGUAUGCCGGUCGAUUGGUCCUAGUUCGCUCUCUCUCGGCUCACAUAUAUACAGGAGAAAAACGGAGCGUCCGGCUCUCUGGUGGAAAAGAGAGGAAGACACAAGGGAACGUGUUCCGUAUGUGAGUAAACAGCCGAAGAGAAAGAGCAAGAGGGAAGAGAGCGAGAGCGAGAGAGCACCAACACGUUGAUCGGAGAAGCGCGGGGCUUUAUUGUGCGGCGAACGGGGGAAAGUCGACAUGCCGAGCGCCGAGGAAACCACAUAUUUGAUCGAGGUGAUGCCAGAUACGACGCAAGACCUGCUCUCCCGCGACGUGGAUCUCCUCGUCUCACGGAUCAAAGAGAACCUACGGUUGUCCAGUCUGAAAGCUAAAUCGAGUAUCAGUCAUAAAAACCGUGCAUCGCCUUAUCAAGUGCCGUCGAGAUCCUGGGCAGACCCGAGCAGUUGCGAGGUGUGCGGCACGAGAAAUUUAGGGCCGCACGAUCAUCGUCAUCAUUUAAGUCAUCAUUUGAAACGGCAGAACAACAGGGAGGACGAUCCUUACGAGUUUCUGCAGGACCUGUUAAGGGAAGGCGGCCUGAUCAAAGAGGCUGUCAAAAGACUUCAAGCGAAUCUCAGCGAGUUAGAAAAUCCCGAGGAAGAGGAGGACGAACGUUCGAAGGCGUACAGGAGAAAACCGUACUUAUACGAUUCCGAAGACGAACAGUUACCGCCGCCAGUAUACGAGCCACUCGAGCUGUGAAACUGAAUCCGAUUCCGUCGUCGUCGUCGUCGUCGUGUCGGUUUCGUUCCGCCUCGGCCGUUUGUUUGUGUCUCCUAUGCGUGCGUGUGUCUCUGUGUGCGUAUCGUGCAUGUCGUGUGUUGCGUUGCGACCGUGUAUGCGAGAAAUUGAAAAAAGAAUCAGGGUCAAAACUUUCGGUGUUCCUUAUAGCUUCGUCUUUCCUUGUCUCGAUUUCUUUCAGUGUGGUACGCGCCCGCGAGCCUGAAGUGUUCUCUUUAACGAGAGUAUAUAUAUGUUGCCCUGGCCGACAUAGAGCACCGCGUACCGAAAGAAAGUAUAAACGAGAUAAACACAAUUAGACAAGAACUCGCCUUGCAUGGCCGUGUUUGUAAAUAUGGUAUGUGUUGUUAUUCGAAGCAGUCUCGCGUCCGACUUCGUGCAACCUCGGCUAAGUUCGUUGGCGUAUCGACGACUGCUCGCGAAGCUUACGUGGAGGCGUGGAGGACUCGUCGCUGCCUCGGUUCGAGCUCUCGGACUCGAUUUAAUGUCGCAACAACAUUCAUCGUUUCAUGAUUGCCGGUUCGUCUCUCUCUUUAAAUAGACAGAGUUCCUGUGUGCCUGUCGCUUUUAACCUAAUAGAACGACUAUCCUCCUGAAUAUCCUUUCGUUGUUUGGUCGGCCAUCUUUCCUCCUCUCGAUCGUUUCAUCAUACCCCCCACCCCGCCGCCGCUUUUUUUUUAAAUUCAUUUCAACGAACAUAAAAAUAUUUUUGUGGUUACGCAAUCGCGUUGAAAGCACAUGGCUAUACAUACGAAUCACGUAUGCGUAAACGCUUUAAAGGGGAGAGGAAACUCGUUAGAAAGCCUCUAACGUAAAACGCAAGUAGCUCCAGAUUUCUAUGAAUGUAUAAAACUCGUCUGUUACCUCUUUCGUACAAUUAUAGUUUUUUAUAAUAGCAUCGAGUUCGGCGACAAAUGCGCGUCUAAACGAAACGAACGAUGAUCCUAUAAGGUAUAAGUUCACCAUUUUGGCUCGAAUUGUUCGAGUUAUUACGGUCCAGUUACUAUUAGAAAAGAAGGAUAUAUAUAUGUAUGUAUGUAAGUUGCGUGAAAUCUAUCAACGAACGACACGUAUGCUUUCACGUAUUGAAGGAUCGCGAUUCACGAAGGACAGUGAUCUCAUUUAUUUGUUUUAUUACGAAUAGAGUUGUUCAUUCGGGCGGAGGUUAAAUAACAGUACGCCUGUGGCUCGAGUCGAAAUUCGAUUACGUGUCAGCGCGUGAUGCGAACGUGAAUCAUCUUUCGUGACUUUCCAAGCAUUCGACGGGCUUUUGGUCGGAGAAAUUACAAAGCAGAGAAUAGAAUGCGAUUUCCGUUCGUUCAGCGUAUUUAGACACAUAGUUAUUUAUAUCGCUAUCGAUUAUUGUUAGCGACGUUACAAAUGCCGUUUCGCGUGUGUAAAUUCAUUGUAUAUAUUGUGUGGAUAUGCGUGUUUGAUUUAGCGAUACGAUAGUUGAUUCGUUUACGAUAUCGAACUCGAAAAGUCGACGUAUUAAUUCGAUUUAUAGCGACACAAACUAGCUGAGAAUCGCGAAGCAUGCGGUGCGGGGAGGAUACGAGUUGUGUCGUGACUAGGAGUUGUAUAAAUACACGUUAUCGAGUUCCGCAAGAUAAACUGGCAAUUAAUACAUCAUACGUCUCUCGUGAACAUGUCGGGUUAAAUCACCGUUCCGUUCCGGUGUAUAUGUGAUUAUUUCUGUAUGAAUGAAGGAAAAUUGCAUUUUUUCUUUGAUGUCGGCGUGUCUGCGCUUGCGCGUCGAUUUACGCCGGGACAUUGGGAGAAAGGGAGGGAGAAAGAGAGAGUGAGAGAAAAAGAGAGAGAGAUUUGUCUUUAAAUUUACCGUUAUAGUGUAAAUUACGGAAGCUAUACCUCGUUGUGAUAGUUGAAUUUCUGGUUCAACGACUCUUAAUUACAAAUAAAGAAGUUACAAAUUUUA